AUGGACGCUCUCUUGAACGACCUAGUUGACCAGGCCAAGUCGAGGUUCGAGGGCAAGAUCGAUUUCAAUGGUCAGAAGCAAGCUGAGCGGUACCUCCAAGUGCUGCUCAUCUCCUUCGGCGUGAUCGCGUUCCUUGUCGGCUUCACUCUGCAGAACCUGUUGCUAACCUUUGGUAUCUUUGCCGGUGGCUUACUUGUCUCGCUGCUUGUGAGCACUGUCCGAUUGCCGCCGGCUAAAGCUGAUCUCUCGCAUUCAGGCGAUCGUACCGGCAUGGCCGAUGUACAAUCAGCAUCCGAUCUCAUGGCUGCCCUUGCCCGAGGAGGAGAUCAGGAAGACUCAAUAGCCAGGGCCGAUCAGGCCAGCGGACGUAAAGACUGGGCAUGCUAG